AGAGGGCGCGAGUCUUUUUCAGGCCAUAUAUAACAUGCACAUGCAUCGGGGCGGCCUUUUCAGCUGAGUCUGCCAUCAGGUCACAGCCAGAGCUGUACACCUCCUAAAAACUCCAAACAGAAUCCGUCAAAAUGAUCAUCUACAAGGACAUCAUCACCGGCGAUGAGAUGUUCUCCGACAUCUACAAAAUCAAGGAGUCUGAGAAUGGGAUGAUGAUUGAAGUGGAGGGAAAGAUGAUCUCAAGGGCAGAGGGAGACAUCGAUGAUGCUUUGAUUGGUGGCAAUGCAUCAGCAGAAGUUCAAGAUGAGGGCUGUGAGACUUCCAUGGUCAGUGGUGUGGAUAUUGUCCUCAACCACAAACUUCAAGAGACAUCUUAUGACAAGAAGUCUUACACGGCAUACAUCAAGGACUACAUGAAAGCAGUUAAAGCCAAACUUCAGGAGACUGCACCUGACAGGGUAGAUCCCUUUAUGGCUAAUGCACCAGCUGAGGUCAAGAAAAUUCUAGGCAACAUCAAGAACUAUCAGUUUUUCACUGGUGAGUCCAUGAACCCAGAUGGUGUAAUUGGUCUCCUUGACUUCCGUGAGGAUGGCGUCACACCAUUCAUGCUCUUCUUUAAGGAUGGUUUGGAGAUUGAGAAAUGUUAAAGAGUACCCUUCCAACACUGGCCUCUGCUCUGUGGAUUAAACAAGACAUUCCCUCUAAUCCUUUGCAUCAGGACCAGAGGCUCUUUUAACUUCACGAAGCCACUGUUUUUCAUUUCUUGAUUGGCUUAUGUCUUUUAACGCUAAAGACAUGAUUGUCCUUUCAAAAAAAUAAAAACAGGACUUUUAGCAAGCCAAACCACAAUGUGAAAAUGAUGUGGUUAAAAACUGAAUUGUUUAUUCCGCUCAUGGAGGUGAAGAUGACUGCUGGCUUUUCAUUUGCUCUGCAUGUCAGCUUCUGGUUUCAGCAAAUGUACAGUUGUAAUUUCCCCUUUUCCCAUUGAAUCAGAGGAUUGUAUAGGAUUUCUUGGCACAAUUUGUGAAAAUAAAGUCAAGCGCCUGGCUAAUUCAA